AUGGCCUCCGCUCUGAAGAUUCAGGCCGUGUUCGGCAAGGCGAAGGCCGCCCCCAAGAAGGCUGCGGCCAAGAAGAGCGGCACCGCCUCCACCAGCGGUGGCUGGUUGGGCAGCGGGUCAAAGACCAUCAACCUGGACAAGUGGUAUGGCCCCGACCGCGCCCUGUUCCUGCCCGGCGGCCUGAUGGCGCGCGACGAGAUCAACCCGCUGCUCAACGGCACCCUGCCCGGCGACUACGGCUACGACCCGCUGGGCCUGGCCAAGGACGCCGAGACCCUGAGCAAGUACCAGGCCAACGAGCUGCUGCACGCGCGGUGGGCCAUGCUGGCGGCCGCUGGCGCCAUCAUCCCCGAGGGCCUGGCCGCCAACGGCGCCGACGUCAAGGGCGCCACCUGGUUCGAGACGGGCGCGGCCAUGCUCAACGGCGGCACCCUCAACUGGUUUGCCGUGCCCAUCGCCAACAUCUCCAACCCGCUGCCCCUGUUUGUGGUGGUGGCGGCCAACGUGGCGCUGAUGGGCGCCGCGGAGAACUACCGCCGCACCGGCGAGGGCCCCGCCGGCUACAGCCCCGGCGUCGGCAAGUUUGACGAGUCCGCCUACGACUCCAUGGACUCCCUGUACCCAGGCGGCCCCUUCGACCCCCUGGGCCUGGCCGACGACCCCGAGGUGCUGGCCGAGCUCAAGGUCAAGGAGAUCAAGAACGGCCGCCUGGCCAUGGUCUCCUUCCUGGGCUUCGCCGUGCAGGCCGCCGUCACCGGCGAGGGCCCUUACGCCAACUGGAGCAAGCAUGUGGCAGAUCCCUUUGGCUACAAUCUGCUGACCAUCCUGGCUGGCGAGGACCGCGCGCCCACCCUCUAGAUGCCGCACCCCCGCUUGGUCCGCCGGCGCCCGCUUGAUGGCGGCGCAGGUGUUGUAGCUUUUAGCUUGUCUCCCUUUGUUCUGCUUGUGCUUUCAGCAUUUGGUUUGGUGCCCCGCCACUCGUCCCCAGAGAGGAUAAUUUUCAACUCCCACCUCGACACGAUUAUACUCGCAUCCACCCCCAGCCGCGUAUGCGCGCUGUAACACCACAGUAACCGUUCUUUGC